AUGGUCACUGUGGUGCAAGACCAUGAAAUAAGAGAUUUUAGAGAAUUUGUAGAAGAUGCUGGUAUGACUGAAUUAAAGGGCAUUAGUAAAUGGAUAGUGGAUGAACAAGAUGCCUCCUAUUCAAGUUCAUGUUCUAGAACCAUAUUUUCUGAUCACUCAUCCUUAUGUGUUGAAUUGGGAAGACAAGAGAAGGCAACAAUUAGACCAUUCAGAUUUAUGAAUUGUUUGGCUUAUGAUCCUAACUUUGGGAAGAUAGUAGCAGAUAAUUGGCAGAUAAAUACCAAUGCACUAUACAUGAAAAAAGUCUGGCUUAAACUAAAGCAUAUGAAACAGGCAAUGAAAGGCCUGAAUGUAAAGGAGUAUUCUGGGGUUGCUAACAAAAUUAAAGGCAUCAGGAAUGAUCUUCAAAUAUUACAACAACAGAUGAGAACUCCUAACCAGGAUCCCCAUAAAUUUGAAGUAGAAAAAGAGCUAAGGUUGCAGCUGGAGAAAUGGGAUGUAAUAAAGGAAAGCAUCUAUAAACAGAAGUCUAGAGUCGAAUGGCGUAAAUUAGGAGACUCUAACUCAGCUUAUUUUUUUGCCAGCAUAAAGAACAGGAGAGCUCAAGACCAGAUCAAAGCACUUACAAAUGCAGUAGGGGAUAUUGUCCAAACAGAGAAAAGAAUAGAAUAG